AAAUGUCUUUGAGUUUAAUUACGUACCAUUCUGACAAAAUUGUAACCCAAACCCAACGGCCCGAUAAUCUUUUCAACGGGAUCGAGAAGCGACACGUGGCUAACUGUGAACGGCCUUCACCCUCUCGCCUCCUUCGCGUUCCUCCUACUCUGCUGUAACUCCUUCAUCAGCCGUCUCUCGCAGCUGAAGCUCCCCCCGUCCAAUCCAUCCAUGGCGCAAGUCGACAACACCAAAAUCCAGUCCCUAAAUGAGCAAUACUUAUUGGUGAAAGAAGAGAAGCAGGAUAUGAGUAUGAAAGCUGCAGAAGAACCUGAGGUGAAGAACCCUGCAAACACCACCUCUGAGGAAGUUGCAACUCCGAAAACUGAGGAAAAUCUAGUUGUUAGUUCGAAUGGAGUAUCCCCAGCUGCUGAUGAUGAAAGUAGCGGAGCUUCUACCACUACUACUGAAGAAAGCAACAUUACCACUCCAGUUGCAGAGGAGAGUGCGUCUGAAGCCACCGAACCUACUGCUGAGGAAAGCAGCGAGAGUGCUGAUCAAGAAGACUCAGGGGAUCAAGAUGCUGAAGAGACACCAGAGAUUAAGCUUGAGACAGCACCUGCAGAUUUCCGUUUCCCAACUACAAAUCAAUCUAGGCAUUGCUUUACUCGGUACAUUGAGUAUCAUCGGUGUGUAGCUGCAAAGGGGGAAGGUGCACCUGAGUGUGAUAAGUUUGCAAAAUACUACAGAUCUCUUUGCCCCGGCGAAUGGGUUGAUCGGUGGAACGAGCAAAGGGAGAAUGGCACAUUUCCUGGUCCAUUGUAGGUGGUGCCUGGUGAAGAUAGAUAUAAUAUGGUUCUAGCCAUUGUAUCCAACUUGCUUGGAUCUCCCAGAUCAAUUUCUGAAGUGAGGAUUUAACAAUUGAAAGGAGAACUCCGAUUAGUAUCUAAUAAUUUUUUUUCCCGCAUUGGGACUUGUUAAAGUCCAAACAUGUGUUGCUUCUGAGAUAAGCUAUUGACAACCAUCAUUUGGACGCAAUUUCUCGGCUGCAUUUUUCCUGCUUCAACUGUUUUGUAGCAGUACCAGGUCAUUGAGUAGAAUAAACUUAAGCAACGAUGUCAGUUUUCUGUACACGCAAAAUAAAAGACUUGUAACAGUCUGAGUUGUUUUGCUUGCGACAAGUGAGAACGAAAGCUUGUUUUUUCUUUUA